AUGGUGGUUGCUGUACUCCUUGCCCUCCCAACAAACUCCUGGACCCUGACGGUGCUCCGGAGGCUGAGUAGGCCUGAGCUUUCUAUCGUGCAUCGUGGGAUAUUAUCAAACAAGACUUUGUCACAGCAGUUCAGUCUUUCUUCAUAUUCUCGCAACAGGCUCAAAGUGUUGCUUCCAAAGCUGAUUGAACCUACUCAAUGUGCGUUUGUUAAAGGUCGGCUGCUUCUUGAGAAUGUCCUUUUAGCUACUGAACUUGUCAAAGACUACCACAAACAGUCAAUCCAGCCUCGAAGUGUUCUCAACCUGGAUAUAUCGAAGGCUUUUGACUCAGUAAACUGGUCUUUCAUUACAAAUACUCUUCGCACUAUGGGCAUUCCGGAUAUGUUGGUACACUGGAUCCACACAUGUCUUUCCACAGCUGCUUUCUCUGUUUCGGUUAAUGGUGAAUUGGAAGGUUUCUUCGGAAGUGAACGCGGCCUGCGACAAGGAUGUUCUCUAUCUCCAUAUCUGUUCGUCAUUGCCAUAAAUGUGUUGUCAAGAAUGCUUAAUAAGGCAGCUCAAUCUCACAGUAUCGGCUACCACCCCUCGUGCAGCAAGGUAAACUUGACACACUUAAGCUUUGCGGACGAUCUAAUGAUCUUUACUGAUGGUGCAGCUGCUUCGCUGAAAGGCGUGUUCGAGGUUCUAUCAGAAUUCGCGAGUAUCUCUGGCUUGCUGAUCAAUCCAGCUAAAUUUUCUAUAUUCAUGGCGGGCCGUAUUAGUCAAGACUUUAAGGAUGAGGUUCAGCGUCUGGGCAUUCCAACAGAAUCUCUUCCUGUGAGAUAUCUCGGUCUCCCACUCACCACAAAGACAAUGACCAAAACAGAUUACGAACCAUUGAUUUAUCAGAUACGCACAUGUCUGGUGUCAUGGUCUAGUCGCUCUCUCUCAUAUGCUGGUCGUUUGCAGCUUGUGAAAACAGUCAUUGGCAGUAUAACUAACUUCUGGUGCUCUGUGUUUCGUCUUCCAAAGAGCUGUCUCAGUACUAUUGAAAGCAUGUGUGCUGCAUUCCUAUGGUCUGGAUCGCCUAAUACGCAUACAAAAGCAAAGGUCGCUUGGGAUGAUGUGUGUAGACCUAAGGAUGAGGGAGGUCUAGGCCUUAGCCGUCUCACGGAAAUAUCACGAGUUUUUGCACUUAGCUUGAUAUGGCGACUACUCACGAACUCUGGUUCCCUUUGGGUCGCUUGGACGAAGGUUUAUCUGCUUCGCUCUCAAAGUUUCUGUGACCUCAGUGAUAAGUACGUAGGACGGCUAUUAAACAUCACGGGUGAUUUAGGAACACAAGUCUUAGGUAUCCCCCGCUAUGCGACGGUCUCGGAAGCGGCUUCUGGUGGACAAUGGAACAUUCGUCGGUGUCGUGGCUAUCACCUACGGGCGAUGAUGGCCUACAUCAACCCUGUUCCAGCUCCGGCGGAGGACGCUGCUGAUGAUCGUCGUCUAUGGCACCACGGGGAUGGGGUUUACAAACCGGCAUUUUGCAGUAAAGCAACAUGGGAGCAACUUAGGACUCACUACCCUAAGAUCGCUUGGAGUAAAGUUGUUUGGUUUCAACAAAGCAUACCUCGAUUUGCUUUCAUCACAUGGCUGGCGUUUCAGGGUAGACUGUCUACGGGUGCAAGAAGUAGAGCUUGGGGUUGCAUUCAACCGUGCCUCCUUUGUGGUGAACCGGAUGAGACCCGCGACCACCUAUACUUCGCAUGCCCUUACUCGUUUACGGUGUGGAUUGAUCUCGUAGGUUUCAUGCUGGGAUCUCGAGUGAAUCCUGAUUGGGCUGUCACCGUCACAUCUCUUCUGUCUCCUCGCAGGAAGGAGAUCGAUACUUGCCUCCUCAAGCUUGCUCUCCAAGCUAGCAUUUAUAGUAUUUGGCGUGAAAGAAACAGUAAGCGUCACAAUGGAAAUUCCCUCAGCGCUAGCCAAAUGGUCAGGUACAUUGACAAGACCAAUCGGAACAGGAUCUCUUCUCUCCGACACAGGAAGCCAGCCUUCUACAGCGACAUGAUGCAGCGAUGGCUUGCUAGGAAUACUUAG